CUCUUGGGAGUUUAAUUGUGAGUCUUGUGGCCCACCGUGGGGGUUCAUUAGCAGUUUUCGUUGCGCUCGGAAAAGAGCAAAACAAUGACGUCCGAUACGGGCAAGUUGACUACACCUUCGUCGAUGAUGGCAAAUACCGGCGCAGCGCCAACGCCAACGCCAUCACUGGGCAUCCAUGUCAAUGUGCAAUCUCAGCUCCCAGACAAACAAGAAAUUGUAAACCCUUCGUUGCAGACACAUCCCCAUGACUCUAUUGCCAGUCUCCGCUCACUCUCCCACUCCCUCUUAGCCUUCCAACGCUGCUUCACUGAGCUGAACCAACACAUCGAUUCCAUUCGGUCCACAAUUCACUCUGUCCUCCCCCUUCUUACUACUAAUACUAAUACCACUCCUUUACCCGCAUCAUCUCCGCCACCAACAACAGUUUUGCCAGUCCCCGAACCCGAACCGAAAUCCGAAUCCAAACCCGAACCCGAACCCGAACCCGAACAAUCGUGGGAAUCUGACCCCUCUGAAGAUGAUGAUGAUGAUGAUGAUGAUGAUGAAGAAGAAGAAGAAGAAGAAGAAGAAGAAGAAGAAGAAGAAGAAGAAGAAGUGCAAUCGCCUCGUGGCGAAGAACUGCAAUCGCCUCAUCACGAAGAAGCGCAAUCCCAUCAUAGUGAAGAAGUGAAAUUCCAUCAUAGAGAAGAAGCGCAAUCCCAUCAUAGUGAAGAAGUGAAAUUCCAUCAUAGUGAAGAAGCGCAAUCCCAUCAUAAUGAAGAAGUGAAAUUCCAUCAUAGAGAAGAGGUUCAACGCCCUCUUUGUUCAGAGCUGCAAAAUAUCUGCGAAUUGGCAAACGGUCGUUCUCUUCGGAGGUACAUGGCAAAGCGAAUCUCAGGUAUGAAUAGGUUGCUUGAAGAAGUUCCUAAGGCAUUGAGACUUGCGUCUAAUCCAGCAAGGCUUGUAUUGGAAUGUAUGGGGAAGUUUCAUGAACAGAAUAGCAAAUCUCUUGCUAAAGACUUCCGCAUGAUCCAAGGAAGGAAGGCUUCUAUAUUAAUUUUAGAGUGUUUCUUGAUGAUGGGAAUCGACAAGAGUGUUUACAUCCACAAAAGGGUGAAAGAUGAGGCUGACAAGGCAGCUUUAGCUUGGAGAAACAGAUUUAUUACCAAACGAAAUGCUACUAGGAUGGACGCGCAGGGUUUGCUGUUGCUUAUUGGAUGUUUUGGGAUUCCAGGAGGAUUUACAAAUGAGGAUAUUAGGAAUUUGCUUCAGAAAGGUCCCAUCAAGCAAAUGAAAGGUGCCCUCAGGAGAUCAAAUGUACUCAUGGCUAAGGUUCCAGAAAUAAUUGAGGGGAUGGUAAAGCAAAAUAUGGAAGUUGACGCUGUUCAUGUUGCCUAUACUUUUGGAAUUGAGGACAGGUUUAAUCCUCAGAGACUUUUGACAUCAUUUUUACUAGAUUCUGAAGAGUCGCUGAAGAAAAUGAAGGAAAACAAAGAUUCACUUGCUGCGAUGGAUGAAGCAAAACGGAAGCAUUUGUUUGCGCUGAUAUCUGUCAGCAAAUGUUUGAAACUCCACGAUAUUGAAGCCUCAAAACUUCUUCCUGGGUGGAAAAUCGAUGAGAAAAUAAUGGCCUUGGAGAAUGAAAUUGGUGGAUUUGAUAAGCAGACAGGUAGGCAAAUGGCACAAAAGCGAAAAAAUGAUGGAACUGGGUCGUCAAGAAGGUACAGAGAUAGAGAAGCAAAACAUUUACGUUUUUCGCCAUGGCUACGACUACGACAGCAAGGAGUUGAUGAUCAUGUCAAUAUCAACAACACCUUGGAUGAAACUGCGUCGUCAAGAAGGUCCAGAAAUAGAGAAGCAAAACGUUUCCGUUUUUCGCCAUGGCUACGACAGCAAGGAGUUGAUGAUCAUGUCAAUAUCAACAACACCUUGGUAAAAGGUCUAACUAUUGGCCGCCGUCAUGGUCAUACUGUGUCCUCACCGGUAUUGCAUGGACCUGCUGCAGGUUCGAUACAUGAAAAUGUUGCUGGUUCACUUGCAGGAACUGUGAGAGGUGUGGCCAUGGGUGGAACUGGAUCGGGAAUAUCAGCAAAUGCAGCAGGCACUGAUGUUGUUCAGCAAGGAGGUUCAGAUGCUGGAGGUCAUGGAGGGACUCUAGUUGAUAGUACACCAGGGCAAAUAGGGAGUCAUGCUGGUCAGUUAUAUGGUCGGCGUCGGGAUGCAGCUGUAUAUGAUAGACCGGCCUCAAGCAACUAUGCUUAUAGGCCAUCAUCUUACGUGGAAGGCUUUAAGGGGUUGCAAAACAGCCAACUCAGUGCUGCUUCUAUGCCACCAUCCUUGGAAGGUUCUGUGGGUUUGCCAAACACCCCGCAUAGUGAUGCUUAUAGGCCACCACCAUACUUGGAAGGCUCUACGGGGUUGCCAAACACCGCGCAUAGUAAUGCUUAUCGGCCACCACCAUACUUGGAAGGCUCUUCACAGUUGCCAAAUGCCAUACCUGGUUAUUUUGCUGGCCAGAGCUCUGCGUCUGCUCAUCCUUCAUCCUACUUGUACAGGCCGAGAUAGUUUUAUCUUUGGCAGUCAUAGUUCCCCUCGGGCUUUACUCUUUUUUUUUUUUUUUUUUGGGGGGGUGGGGGUGGGGUGGGGUAUAAUAUAAUCAGUCUAGAAGUGAGUUCUAUAUGGUCUCAGAAUUUUUUGUGUUUGUUUGCUUACUGACUUUAUAGGCUUAGAUUCACUUUUUUUGGAAUUUUUGAAGUUGAAAAGGUGUUGAAUUUGUGUUAGCCCAUAGUAUUUUAGGGUUAAUAUAAUAUUUAGAAUUCGAAUGUAUUUUUUUUAAAA